UCAGCCGGCCAGGACAGCCGAGUUCAUUUACCCUCCGAUCACUGAGAGCGAACUGUUCCAAAACACAACAAAGUGAAGCCAACAUGCUCGGUGCCUUCUGUGUUUUUGUCCUGUUUUCCCUCGUCCACGUCUCCCUGAGUGUGGAAAUGAAAGGGUUAUACGGCAGCUUCAGCUCCCCCGGCUUCCCCCAGCCGUACCCUGACAACCAGCUCAUGGUGUGGAACAUCACGGUCCCAGACGGCCACAGGGUCAAACUCUACUUCACCCACUUCAACCUGGAGCCGUCCAACCACUGCGAAUACGACUACAUCCAGGUUUUGGCGGAGGGGAACGAAACCUUGCGGUUCUGCGGUGAGGAAGCCAAGAACUCUGAAAGCAGCCCCAGGAACACCAUCAUCCUGUCAGCCGGGAACCUCAUGUCAGUGGUCUUUAGGAGUGACUACUCUAACGAGGGCCGAUUCACCGGCUUCCAAGCAUUUUACACCUCAGAAGACAUCAACGAGUGUCUGUCCAAAGUGGACGGGGAGAGAGUGUGUGAUCAUUUUUGCCACAAUUACAUCGGCGGCUAUUACUGCACGUGCAAACAAGGACACCUUCUCCAUGACAACAAAAGAUCCUGCACAGUGCCGUGCCCAAGUCAAGUGUUGACGUCGCCCUCGGGGGUCCUGAGCAGCCCAGGCUACCCGACCCCCUACCCUCCUAUGAGUCAGUGCGACCACACCAUCCGUCUACCGGAAGGCUCCAGAAUAGUCCUGGAUUUCCUGGAACCCUUCGACAUAGAGGGACACCCACACGUUCCCUGUCCGUACGACAUGUUAAAGAUUUCCACGGCUGGACAAGAGUACGGACCCUUCUGUGGCUCGAUGCCGCCGGGCCGCAUCGACACAGGAAGCUACCAAGUGCACGUUGUGUUCAGAUCUGAUGCUAGUGGGAAAAACAAGGGGUGGAAGCUCAGAUACACCAGCACCAAGGCCGGCUCUCUUCCUAUAAUUUUAAACAAAUGACAGAUUGAAUCUUAUUUUACUUCUUUUAGUGACAUGCUGCUACAAUCUGACCAGCACAUUCUUCUGUAAUCACCUUUGUGAAAUAAAAUUUAUGCUUAAAAUUUGAA